GGGCGAGCGGUCCUGAGAGCGGCGGGGCGCCGGCCGGGCGGCCUGCCUGCCUGCCUGCCUGCCUCCCUGCCUCCGGGGACCAUGGCGGAGGCCGAGGCCGGAGGCCCCCCCGCCGCCCCGCGGAAGAAGGCCCUGUCCCUGCUGGAGGCCGCCCGCUCCCGCUACGAGAGCCUGCAGAUCUCGGACGACGUCUUCGGCGAGUCGGGCCCGGACAGCGGCGGGAACCCCUUCUACAGCACCUCCGCCGACUCCCGCUCCGCCUCCUCCUCCGACGACGACGACGAGGCGCCGGACCCCGGGGCGACGGGAGACCUCGGCCGCCAGAAAGGACACCGCCUGCCCACCGAUGCGGCAGGAGGAGGAGGAGGAGGAGGAGGAGGAGGAGGGGGGCCCGGGGUCCCCAGGGCGGCGGCUGUCGGGCGUCCGCAGCAACAGCAGCGAUCGUCGCCGCCUCCUCCCGGGCCCAUGGAGGAGGAGGAGGAGGAGGAGGACGUCGAGGAGGCGGACGAGGAGCGCCGCGGCGGCUGGACCCAGGCCCUGACCGAUGCCCCUCCCCCCCGCUUCGAGGAGACCAGCGGUCCUACCCGUAAAAUGCCUCCCAACGCCAGGGCCGUGGACUUCUUCCAGCUCUUCGUCCCCGACAACGUCCUCAAGAACAUGGCGGUGCAGACCAACAUGUACGCCAAGAAGUUCCAGGAGCGGUUUGGCAGUGACGGAGCCUGGGCUGAGGUGACCCUGCCCGAGAUGAAGGCUUUUCUGGGCUACGUGAUCUCCACGAGCAUCUACCACUGCGAGUCGGUCCUCAGCAUCUGGAGCAGCGGUUUCUAUAGCAACAAGAGCAUCGCCCUGGUCAUGACACAGGCCCGCUUUGAGAAGAUCCUCAAGUACUUCCACGUCGUCGCCUUCCGCUCCAGUCAGACCAGCCACGGCCUCUACAAGAUUCAGCCGUUCCUGGACUCUCUGCAGAACGGCUUUGACUCUGCCUUUAGACCUUCCCAAACACAGGUGCUCCACGAACCCCUGAUCGACGAGGACCCUGUGUUCAUCGCCACGUGCACAGAGCGGGAACUGCGCAAGAGGAAAAAGCGGAAAUUCAGCCUGUGGGUGCGACAGUGCUCCGCCACGGGCUUCAUCAGCCAGAUCUACGUCCACCUGAAGGAAGGCGCCGGCGCCGAUGGGCUGGACGCUCUGAAGAACAAGCCGCAGCUCCACAGCCUGGUGGCCAAGAGCCUCUGCCAGAAUGCGGCCGGCAAGAAUUACAUCAUCUUCACGGGCCCCAGCAUCACCAGCCUGACCCUGUUCGAAGAGUUUGAGAAGCAAGAGAUCUACUGCUGUGGCCUGCUCAGCUCCAGGAAGAGUGACUGCACGGGGCUGCCCCUGUCCAUGUUGGACAGUCCCGAGGCCCCGCAGGCCCGGGGCCAGUACCGGAUCAAGAUGAAGGGGAACAUGUCCCUGAUCUGCUGGUACAACAAGGGGCACUUCCGCUUCCUCACCAACGCUUACUCACCGACACAGCGAGGAGUCAUCAUCAAAAGGAAAAGCGGCGAGAUCCCAUGUCCGCUGGCAGUAGAGGCUUUCGCGGCUCACCUCAGCUACAUCUGUAAAUACGACGACAAAUACAGCAAGUAUUUCAUCUCCCACAAACCCAACAAGACGUGGCAGCAGGUGUUCUGGUUUGCCGUCAGCAUCGCCAUCAACAACGCCUACAUCCUGUACAAAAUGUCCGACGCUUAUCACGUGCAGCGCUUCAGCCGGGCGCAGUUCGGCGAGAGACUGGUCAGGGAGCUGCUGGGCUUGGAGGACGGCUCCCCGGCCCACUGAUGCCGCGGCCCGAGCCGGCGGCCGCGGAGGAGGAGCAGCAGAACCUGCCUCUGUGGCCUGGAGCCGGGGACCCCCUACCCCCGGCCCCCGAGGUCCCCAGGCCCGUGCUCACUGCCCGCGGGGACCCCAACGGGAGAAGGCCGGGGCCCGGAGCGCAGCUGGCACUCGAGAGGAGGAGCCUCCGCGGCCACGGUAGGAGGGCCCCGCGGCCGCCCGCCGCCGCCGCGCCUCCCUCCCCCUCUCCCUGCGGCCUUGCCGCCAAAGCGUGGCAUUUUGCUGCGGUUGUGCCGGUUAGUUUCCCUGGGCGAACGUGAAGCUGGGUACCAACCGGGCGUGAUGAGGGGGUUGACGCCGGGGUGUUCAUGGUGCCAGUGGCCUCCCUGACCUUCACAGCCUCCCCAGAGAUUGAGCCUUUCUACCAGGGUCGGGGCAGGGCAGCACAUCUGGGACGACGCGGCAGGGCGCCUGGGCUGCCCAUUUAGGGCAAACGAGGCACCGCUGCCUCUAGCCGCUCCCGUCCACCUGACGGGUAGGAGUCAGGGACGGUCCCUGGUGGCACCAGGCCGCGGACUUGACCUGUGUCUCUCCGGGCUCUUCUACUUGUCACUUGGCACCUUGGGGAGCGGAUGUCUUCCCCAGGCGCCUCCCUCCUGCUGCUUCUCCAAAGCUCCUGUCGCCCACACGGCCCUGGGCAGGAGAAAGGGAUCUGGCCCCCCUCCCCCAUGCCAACCCCGGGGGCGGGGGAGAGGGCCCCGACAUCUUCCCCGUUGCCCUCCGGGGCAGGAGGGAGUGGGUCCGGCCCCCUCCCCGCAACUCUUGCCUUCCACCGGCUGCUGGAAACUACAGCUUGGUCCCAGCUGGUGUGCUUCUCGAAAGAGGGCGCCUGCCCCCCUUAAAGGAGAAACCCCGAGCCCGCCUCGUCCCACCCCCGUACCCUUAAUGGUCGGAGGCAGGGCCGCAGCCCCCGACCCGGCGGUGGAGGGCAAGUGUAGGAUGUUCGCAGCAGCCGCUGCAGCUCUUUCAUCGGUGUGUCGGCGAACCGAGGCACAGGUGCGGCCUCUCCAGAGGGAAACAGCGCUCCAGGCUUGGUGGGGUGGGAGGGGAGAGAGAGUGUGUGUUGGGGGGGACAGAUUCCUCCCUUAGCCCAGGGUCAGCCCCGCAUUGGCCAUGAGAACGGUUGCACCCCUGGUGGAGGGGUCGGGGGGUAUCUCCCGGGUCGGCCCCGCCAGCAGCGGCGCUCAGCGAGCUUCCGGCCGCCCCCGUCCCCUAGCCCGGUUUAUCCUCCCGGGCAGCGGGAGCCGGGCCCCGGUGCCCUCUGGCUCCUCGCCGCGCCAGGCCCGGCGAGUCCAAUUGAGCGGGCCGGGGCCAAGCGCCGGACCAGAAAAACAGCUACUUUUCAGAAGAGCAGAGCCCGGAUGAGACCCAGCCCUUCCGCCGAGCAGAUUCAGGGAGGGAAACCCCCGGCUGCCAGCGGCGGACGACGGGCGGAUCGGACCCCGGGCGGCGGCCGGGCACACACGGUACAGCCCAGUCGAAGGGAUUCCGUCUGGUUGUUAGGCUGCCGCCAUUAAAGGAGCAGGUGGUCAGAGGUGAUGGGAGCCGAGCCGCGGGGGGCGGAUCCGAGAUUGAGCGUCAGGUCCCGGGGCUGCUCUCGGCCAGGGCGGGCGGGCGGGCGAGCCCCACUACCUGUGCCUAACGGGCGAAGGCCUGGCGGCCCCCUUCUGGCUCCCGGGGACGAGGCCGGGACGGGCUCCGUUGGAGCCUGAGCCGUACGCAGGCGCAGCGUGAGCACGCCCACCCGGCGGGGACGACCGGAGCCCAAAACCAAGCCAGGUCGCGGGGACCGGGGCUGUGGGCCACCCCAGGUUGGCCCCCCAUCCCCGCCCGCUUCCCAACUCUGGAAACGAGAGCAAGAGGAAGGAAGAGGCCGUCGUUCCCUGCCAAAGCUAUGCGAGCGGACCCGGGUUCCCCCGGCCUCCCAGCCACGCGCAGCUCUCAUACCUGGUGCCACGUGGGGCCGAGACCCCCCCCCCCCGCCGCGGGCUGCCCGCCCCACCCCCGGGGCCAGGAUCAGGGUGGCGCCUGCCGGAGGGGUGGGGAGGGGGUCUUCCUUUUGUGCUACUUUUGCUUCUUUCUUCGUUCCGUCCGGGGCCGCGGAGAGACGCCCCUAACCCCGAGUCUGUGCCCGCGCCGCCGCGUGCUCCAUCCCACACUGCCUCCUCCCACACCGUUGAGAUCAAGCACUUUUGGUGAAGUUUCGGUUUGACACCAGGCACGCUUGCAAUAAAUUUUUACAGAUUUUGUACACCGUGAGCUAAAUUCCGAGUCCGGAAACGUGUCGUGUGGCGGAGAAGUUUGAUUUAUGAUAUCACGCGGAUCUCGUCUUGUGGGUUUCUUCAACAAAGUUUGUUUACAGUCAACGACUUUGAAAUACAGUCGACUAGAACGUC